GCGCGGCGCCAUAUUGGAGCGGCAGCCGCCUCCGCCAGCCCGGGCGCCGCAGGGGGGGGACGUCGCCGCCGCUGCCGCCACCCCCCGCCCGCUCCCCAUGCCCGGUGCCGAUAGGGCGGAGGCGUGAGCGGCUGCCGGCCCUGCUUCUUCGCCACCGCCUCCUUUCCCCCCUCCCCCUCCGUCCCCUACCCUCCCGCCGCCUCCAGCCAUGACUUCCCUGACCCAGCGCAGCUCCGGGCUGGUGCAGCGCCGCACCGAGGCCUCCCGCAGCGCCGCCGACAAGGAGCGGGGCGCUGGCGGAGGCCCCGAGGACGAAGACCGGAGGGACGAGUCCGGCGACGACGAGAAGGGCGAUUCCAAGGAAACGCGGCUCACCCUCAUGGAGGAGGUGCUGCUCCUGGGCCUCAAGGACCGUGAGGGUUACACAUCAUUCUGGAAUGAUUGCAUCUCCUCAGGAUUGCGUGGCUGUAUGUUAAUUGAAUUAGCAUUGCGAGGCCGACUUCAGCUAGAGGCUUGUGGAAUGAGGCGCAAAAGUCUAUUAACAAGAAAGGUGAUUUGCAAGUCAGAUGCUCCUACGGGGGAUGUUCUGCUUGAUGAAGCUCUGAAACACAUAAAAGAGACCCAGCCUCCUGAAACAGUACAGAACUGGAUUGAACUGCUUAGUGGUGAAACUUGGAACCCACUGAAGUUGCACUACCAACUACGAAAUGUCCGUGAACGGUUAGCUAAAAAUCUAGUGGAAAAAGGUGUACUGACAACAGAGAAACAGAACUUCCUUCUUUUUGACAUGACUACGCACCCUCUCACCAACAACAAUAUCAAACAGCGCCUCAUCAAGAAGGUUCAAGAAGCAGUUCUUGACAAAUGGGUGAAUGACCCUCACCGCAUGGACAAGCGCUUGCUGGCACUCGUUUAUUUAGCCCAUGCUUCAGAUGUUCUGGAGAACGCUUUUGCCCCCCUUCUGGAUGAGCAGUAUGAUUUAGCCACAAAGAGAGUGCGGCAACUUCUGGAUUUAGACCCUGAGGUUGAAUGUAUGAAAGCCAACACGAAUGAGGUUCUGUGGGCUGUUGUAGCAGCUUUCACAAAAUAAAGGCAUUCAGACUGAAGUGUUAUCUUCUUUCAUGUAAACCAGUUGUUUCUCUCCUAUUGACUAUUCACGUUUUCUGUAAUUUGUACUUUAUCACAUAAUGAAUUGGCUCUUGUUUAAUGGGGAUUAUAAGUGGUGUAUUCCCUCCUUCUUUGUGUAUCUGUAUAAAGGAUUCUGCUGGUACAAGAGACCUUCCUGUUUAAAUUCAACAGAAAAAGGUUUUACUGCCAUAUUGGCAUUCCAUUUCCUAUUCAGUCUGAGUUAUCUGAAAUACUUUGAUUAAUCUAUUUUUCAUCUUAUUGUUAUUGAAGUGGUUUAACAUGGAAAGCACCUCGAGGAAACGUGCAUGCGGUUGGAUCACUAGUCUCAGCUGACACAGGUGUGUGCAUGCAUCAAUACUUCUGCAGAAGAGUUUGUAACAGAUUACAAAGGGCCUUUUUAAAUCACCAAAGCUCCAUGUUGAAGUGUCUGUCAGGACAUUUUAUAUACAGAUGUUGUUUCAAUUUUAUCUGACAAAAUUACUUUAAAGGCAGAAAUGCUAUUAAGCAGCUUUGUCGAUAGUUCCUGUAAAAUGACCCAUAAAUUUUACUUGUUACACAAGUCUCUUGUGUGCUUACAUUUUCGUUAAAACAGUAGCUGAGUCAUAAGGCUAGUACAGAAAGGUCCAAUUGUUUCAUAAACCAGUUUUGGGAUGGGAUACAUUCCAUUAUAUUGUAUAUAUAGUUCAAAAUGUAUAUUAACAACUGCCCCAUCUUAGUAUUUUGCAAGAUCUACUUAGUUGUACACCUGGUGCCCCUUAUUUGCAGUCAGCCAUGGCCAUUCAGUGGAAAAAAGGCCUCCUGUAAAGAGCAUGUAUGUGAAAACUGUUCGUUUCCAGUGUCUAUGGAGUUUGCCAUCCAGGUAUUCUCAGUCUAUGCAUUGCCUUUCGUAAUUAGUGUGUGGAAAGAGAGUACUUUCUGGCAUUGUAUGUACUUCCCUCUCCUGCCCCAUGUAUGAAAGAGGCCCAUGACCAGUACAAUUCUUGACUGCAGUUUUCAAUUUUGUACACAGAUUAUUUGUCUUUUAAACCUUGUAAUCUAUUUUACGCUUGAAAACAAGAAGUCAGCCCUAGCAGGUGUUGCAUGUAAAAGGCUAGCAAGUGAUGACUGCCGUUCAGAAAAUUAAGAUUUCUGUAUUGAGAUGCUUUGCUAUAUCUUAAUUUUUUAUAUAAAAUUAAGCUGAUUAGCACACUAUUGUAAAAACAAUAUAUAUAAAACUUCAGCUUUUUAAAAUUUAUUGCCUUUUUGCCACUGCUUGUUAUCUCCCGUUGGUUUCACAGUGUAAAUAUUAAGUAUUGAAAAAAUGAAGCAUUGAUUCAUAUAUUUUCCUCAUAACAAUGCAGAUUUAUAGUGGGGCUUACAGGUGUCUAGAAACUUUUUUGGUUAAUACUCAGAGCAAGAAUACUAGAUGGUGUAUAACUGUAGAGUUGAAAUUUAAGGGAUCCCGUAAUCUGUAUACUAGCUUUUUACCUAUAGUAAAUAAACUAUGAUCUUGAAAGUGCCUGAAACAGAGCAAACAUGUCAUUUUUAUUUUUUUUGUUGCUAAUUAGAAAGGUUUUAUUGCUUAAAUGAAAGCUUUAGUUCCUAUAAACUCUCCUUUUCGAAUAAGAAGGAUGUUAAGUAGAUUAAACAGCAGUGUCACUCACAUCUGCAUGAGAUGGACAGAGUUAGCUUGGGAGUGUGCAGCUGUGCCUGCCAUGGGUAGACCUAUUCAGAGCACAACUCUACAGCUAAUUUGUAACUGGACUUCUGAUUUCACACUUCAUUUUCAAUCAUUUAGAUGCUUCAGUAGUUGACUUCAAAAUACAAAUGAAAUUCUUCAUACAGAUAUAACCUUUUUUUAAAAAAAGGUUUUUAAAAUAUGGUCUUUAAUGUUUACUGGAACACUGUUCUUUCAGUUCUUAAAUGCUGUUUCUUUAGAAAAAUGAAAUUUAAAGUACGUUGUAAGAUAUUCAAACUCUGGUUUACAAAUUAAAAGAAGUGUUCAGUUGUAAAAUGGUGUUUAAAACUUUGGGGAGCUUGGGCAUGAACUUUGGGCAUUUAAAUGUUUCAAAAUGUGAUUGCUUUAAAGUGGAGGAGAGAUGAAAGUUGCUAUGUUGCUUUUAAAUCUGACAGCUUAUAGAAUAGUUUCUAUAGUUGAUCAUGUGUUCUAACUCACUUGCUUCUGUUGUCUGUCCUGCAAUUUGUUUUCUUGUUUUCUGUUGCUCUUUAAAUGAAGAGAAAAGUAAUUAGGUGGAAAGGUCUGAAGAAUAGUGGAGUAUUCAGGAGCAAGUUGAAUGCACAAAACUUAAUAUUGCUCUGAAAAUCUGAGCUACUUGAAGCAGGCUUCAGACUGAAGUAACUUUCAUAAUCUUUUCUGUCCUCUCGGCUUCGUUGUUUUCCAUGUUCCUGCUGAUUUCAUGUUUGGUUGUGGAGGAUAUUGGGGUUUUGUCACUGUUACAGCCAACAUGGUUUAAAAGAAGUCACCCUUUAAUCUCCCCCUUUCCACCCCAAAAAGGGGGUUACUGCUUUUUCUUCACAUAAAAGAUAACUGCCUGCAGUAUUUAUCAGCUUUGUUUUGCUUAGAGAUAGAACCUCUGUCUGUGAUGAGGAGUUUAUACUGCCUAUAUCAGAGAACUUUCAUGUAAAUAAUGAAGAUUUUGUGAAGAGCAACAGUGUCUUUUGGUAGCCGCCUGUUAUAAGCCUGGAUGUGCAGCAGAAAUCUAAUAGAUGAAUUCUUAGAGUCUUGAAUCCAUGGUGCUUGAAAAGUCCAAGGCCUCACGAGUGCUCCCAGACCUUAUGUCUGACAAGGAACGGAAGUUAACAGCAUCCGAUUUAGCUAACAUCCUUUCUUUUGUUGCUAUUUCAGGUUCUAAUAGAAUAGUUUAACACAGGAGACUGCUGAGAUCCAAGUACUCUUCCUCCUAUUAGCUGCUGCUGCUACAGCUUGUGGAGGCCUGGAGAGCUGGUUUUUAAGGCAGUGCUGUCUGCUUUGAGACCUCAGCUGUCAGUGACGGCUUAAAGUGGAGACUGCUAUCCGCCUAGCGGAACUUGAAUGUGUGCCUCAAGGAAGAACAUAUAUUAUUCAAGGACUCAUUGUUUUAAAACAAACUUUCAAGUUAUGUUAAAAGCAGUGUGUGUCUGUAUAUAUAUAUGUAUCUAUAGUUUUACAGUCCUUGAGAUUUAUAUGUCUUCUGGUGUUCCUAGAGAUGAUGUUACAGUGCUCCUGUAUGGGAUGCUAGUGAAACCUGUGUGCCAAAUGUGAUGCUUUCGAGAUGAAAGUUCCAUAAAUUGGCUGUGAAAGGCUGGUGACUGAGUGCUCGUGUUCAUGCCCAUUUCUUCUACAAAGUGAAGAUGCAUAUUAACUGAUGAUGUGUUCUGCAAACUGAACUGAAUCUGUACGGAAACAAAAUAAAGCACCCUUUCAAGCU